AUGGGAUCAUUUAAGAGUUCUCUCUUCAUCUUGGUCCUUCACCUUUUAGAAGCGGCCCUGAGCAAUUCCCUCAUUCAGCUGAAUAACAAUGGUUAUGAAGGAAUUGUCAUUGCAAUUGACCCCAAUGUGCCAGAAGAUGAAGGACUCAUUCAACAAAUAAAGGACAUGGUCACUAAGGCAUCUCCAUACCUGUUUGAAGCUACAGAGAAAAGAUUUUAUUUCAAAAGUGUUUCCAUUUUGAUUCCUCAAAACUGGAAGACAAAACCUGACUAUGUGAAACCAAAGCUUGAGACCUACAAAAAUGCUGAUGUUCUGGUUGAACCUAAUCAACCAGGUAAUGAAGAGCCCCAUACCGAGCAGUUUGGAAAGUGUGGAGAUAAGGGUGAAAGAAUUCAUUUCACUCCUGACUUCUUAGCGGGAAAGAUGUUGAACCAAUAUGGACCACAAGGCAAGGUCUUUGUCCACGAAUGGGCCCAUCUACGAUGGGGAGUGUUUGAUGAAUACAAUUAUGAUGAGAAAUUCUACUUAUUAAAAAAGAAACCUGAAGCAGUAAGAUGCUCAGCAGAUAUUACUGGCAAAUAUGAAGCAGUUAAGUGCCAGGGGGGCAGUUGUGUUGCAGGAAGACCAUGCAGUCUCGAUGCAUUAACAGGACUGUAUAGAGAGGGAUGUGAGUUCAUACCACAUAAGCAACAGACUGUGAAGGCUUCUAUAAUGUUUGCACAAAGUAUUGAUUCUGUGGUUGAGUUCUGUACAGAAAAAACUCACAAUAAAAUUGCCCCAAAUAUGCAAAACCAAAAAUGUAACGUCCGAAGCACAUGGGAAGUGAUCAGCGAUUCUGAGGACUUUAAGAAAACCACUCCUAUGACGACAAACCCACCCAAUCCCACCUUCUCGUUGCUGCAGAUUGGACAAAGAAUUGUGUGUUUAGUCCUUGAUAAAUCUGGAAGCAUGGCGAAUGAUGACCGCCUUAACCGAAUGAAUCAAGCAGGCAAGCUUUUCCUGCUGCAGACGGUGGAGGACGGGUCCUGGGUUGGAAUGGUGACAUUUGACAGUCGUGCCCAAGUACAGAGUGAACUCAGACAGAUAACCAGUGGCGUGGACAGAGACGCACUCACCAAAAGCUUACCCACAGCAGCUUUCGGCGGGACAGCCAUCUGCUCUGGUCUUCAAUCAGCAUUUACUGUGAUUAGGAAGAAAUACCCAACAGAUGGUUCUGAGAUCGUGCUGCUGACUGACGGGGAAGAUAACACUAUCAGUGGGUGCUUUGAUGAGGUGAAGGAAAGUGGUGCUGUCAUCCACACCAUCGCCCUGGGGCCCUUUGCAGCUCAAGAGCUAGAGCAGCUGUCUCAAAUGACAGGAGGUUUACAGGAAUAUGCUUCUGAUGAAGCUCAAAACAAUGGCCUCAUUGAUGCUUUUGGGGCCCUCUCCUCAGGAAAUGGAGCCAUCUCUCACCGCUCCAUCCAGCUGGAGAGUAAGGGAUCAGCCUUCAAGAACCUUCAGUGGAUGAAUGGCACAGUGAUUAUGGAUAGCACAGUGGGAAAGGAUACUUUGUUUCUUAUCACCUGGACAAACCAGGAGCCCCAAAUCUUUCUCUGGGAUCCCAAUGGAACAAAACAGAAUGGCUUUGUUGUGGACGCAGCCACCAAAAUGGCCUACCUCAAAAUCCCAGAUAUUGCUAAGGUUGGCAUUUGGAAAUACAGUCUGCAAGCAAGUUCACAAACUCUCACUCUGACUGUCGCCUCUCGCGCGUCAAGUGCCACCCUGCCUCCAAUUACAGUGACCUCCAGAAUGAACAAGGACACAGGCAAAUUCCCCAGUCCUAUGAUAGUUUAUGCAAAUAUUCGCCAAGGAAUCUCACCAAUUCUCAGGGCCAGUGUCACAGCUGUGAUUGAAUCGGCCAAUGGAAAAACGGUCACCUUGGAAUUACUGGACAAUGGAGCAGGUGCUGAUGCUACUAAGAACGAUGGUGUCUACUCAAGGUAUUUUACAGGUUAUGAUACAAAUGGAAGAUACAGGGUGAAAAUAUGGGCUCUGGGAGGAGUUAAUACAACCAGACAGAGAGCAGUGUCCUGGGCAAAUGGAGCCAUGUACCUGACUGGCUGGAUUGAGAAUGGUGAAAUAAAGUUGAAUCCACCAAGACCUGAAAACAAUAAGACUCAAAGCAAACAAGUCUGUUUCAGCAGAAUGUCUUUAGGAGGUUCAUUUGUGGUCUCUGAUGUCCCAAAUGCUCCCAUCCCCGACCUCUUUCCACCUUGUCAAAUCACCGACCUGAGGGCAAAGAUCCAUGGGUACAGUCUCAUCAAUCUGACCUGGACAGCUCCUGGUGAUGACUAUGAUCAUGGACAAGCUUCCAAGUACAUCAUCCGAAUAAGUACAAGUAUUCUUGAUCUCAGAGACAAGUUCAAUGAUGCAGUUCAAGUGAACACGACUGAUCUCAUCCCAAAGGAGGCCAACGCUGAGGAAAUCUUUGUGUUUAAACCAGAAAACGUCACUUUUGAAAAUGGCACAGAUCUUUUCAUUGCUAUUCAAGCAGUUGAUAAGGUCAAUCUGGUAUCAGAAAUAUCCAACAUUGCCCGAGUGUCCUUGUUUAUUCCUUCUGCUCCAGAGACACCUAGUCCUGAUGACACUUCUGCCCCUUGUCCUAAUAUUAGUAUCAACAGCACCAUUCCUGGAAUUCACAUUUUAAAAAUUAUGUGGAAGUGGAUAGGCGAAUUGCAACUGACCCUGGCCUAA